AUGGAUCGUUUGUUCUGCGGCGUUUUGUGCCUGCUCGUGCUCUUCUGCGCCCUGCUGAGUGUAGCCGACAGCCGUGAGGUUGUGUGUUACUAUGGCAACUGGGCCGUGUACCGUAACGGGGUUGCCAAACUGCCGGUAGACAACAUUGACCCUAAGCUGUGCACGCAGCUGAACUACGCGUUUUUUGGCAUCACUGGCAAUGGAAACGUGCGCAUCAUAGACGAGUACGCAGCGCUACCACCGGGACCUCCUGUGUACGGGCUGGACGCGAUCAAUAAGUUCUACGGGUUGAAGCAGAUUAAUCCGGCCCUUAAAACGAUUGCCGCCAUCGGUGGCUACAACACCGACAUCGGUAACUUCUCCCAAGUGGCCGCUAGUCCGCAGCUGCGGUCUACAUUCGCAUCGAAUGCGGUAGCGUUCCUGCAGAAGUACCGCUUCGACGGAAUGGACAUCGACUGGGAGUUCCCGAGUUUGGAAGACAAGAACAACUACGUGCUGUUCCUGCAGGCACUGUCGGCGGCGUUCGCUCCAUACAAACUGCUGCUGACGGUGGCGGUGCCAGCAGCUGAGUCGGCUACCGCGGUGUACGACAUUCCGGGCAUUUCGAAGGCCGUCAACUUCAUCAACCUGAUGGAGUACGACAUGCAGGAAAACUUUGGCGUAACUCGGCACCACGCGGCACUUUACCCAGGUCCAGCCACCCUCGAUGAUACGGCUUUCAAGCGGCAGCUAAACGUGGAGUCUAGCGUAAAGUACUGGCUUAGCAAGGGCGCACCAGCUGGGAAGCUUAACCUCGGUAUCCCGUUUUAUGGUCACACGUUUAAGCUGGCCAAUCCGAGCCAAACCGGAGUUGGUGCCCCAACCAGCGGCUUGGGCAAUAAAGGUCCCUACAGCGACCAGCUUGGCUUCCUGGCGUACAAUGAAAUUUGUCCGCGCACGUGGACCGCGAAGGUGUACGAUCAGGUACAGGGCACCAUGUACGCCUACGACAAGACAGAGUGGGUGUCGUACGACAGCGCGCAAAGCAUAACGGGGAAAUGUAACCUGAUUGCGCAGUACGGGCUUGCCGGUGGAAUGGUUUGGUCUCUGGAAUCGGACGAUUUCAGUGGUACAUGCGGCAAGAAGUGGGAGCUUUUAACUGCGCUUAACCAGUGCGUAAAUGGUGCUGCUAUAAUGACAACGACGACAACGACGGCGACGACAACGAAGACUACAACAAAAGCUACAGCAGCGGCUACAACAAAGGCUACAACAAUGGCUGCAACAACGGCCAAAACAACGGCCGGCACAACGGCCAGAACAACGGCCAAAACAACAACGCAGCCAGCGGUAACGAAAUCGAGUACAUCCGGAUCUGGACGGUUCGUUUGCCCAAGCGACGGAUACUUCAAGGAUCCCGCCAAUUGUGCCAAGUAUUACCAGUGUGCUAACGGUACGGCGUAUUCAAUGAGCUGCCCAUCUGGCCUCUAUUUCAACGAGAUCUAUAAAGUCUGCGAUUGGCCCGCCAAUGUGAAGUGCUAG